AUGGCUGCAUUCCUCAAUGACGAGUUCGAAGCCGAUAUGACCCGUUUUAGCGUCGGUAGAGCCCUGAAGGCGGUCGGGUGGUCACGGAAGUCGACACAAACCGUGGCCCAGGAGCGCAAUGCACGACUGCGAGACGAGUAUAUGCAUGAGAUAUCCUGUAUGAGGUCUGAUCAGCUGGUGUUCAUUGACGAGACUGGCGUGGACCGAAGCGUCGGGACCAGGAACAAAGGCUGGACGUCGCGAGGGAGCAGACCACGCCAGGUCAAACGGUUCCACCGAGGCCGGCGGGUGCAAAUACUUCCCGCCUACGCGCAGGAUGGCGUGGUCCACUUCCAAGCAUACACGGGGUCCACUGAUGCGCAGGCAUUUGCCGAGUUCAUCGAGCAACUUCUACCCUACUGCGGGAGAUGGCCCAACCCGAAGUCCGUGCUGAUCAUGGAUAAUGCGUCCUUCCAUUACUCCGAGCGGCUGCGGCAGAUGUGCGACAAUGCGGGGGUAGUGCUCUUAUACUUGCCCCCUUACUCGCCCGACCUGGACCCGAUCGAGGAGUUCUUUGGGGAACUGAAGUCCUACAUCAGGCAAGUCUGGGAGGAUCAGAUUGACUUUGUCAAGGACGACUUUAUCUCCUUCCUCGAGGAGUGUGUGAGGUUGUCGGUCGCCGCAAAGCUAGUGCAGAGGGCCACUUUCGACAUGCUGGGAUCUCGCUUGAAUUAA